AUGGUCAUGGGGUCGCCGGCCGAGACCGUGGUGGUGGUGCCGCUGCUGCUGCUGGCGGUGGCGGCGCUGCCAAUGCCCGGGCCGGGGCCGGAGCCGGAGGACCCGGAACUGCGGGAACUGGACUUGUUGUCAGGACCCUGCGGCCACCGUACCAUGCCGACGCGCGUGGUGGGUGGAAAUGAUGCGGAGUUGGGGCGCUGGCCGUGGCAAGGGAGCCUGCGCAUGUGGGGGAGCCACCAUUGUGGAGCGAGCCUGCUCAACCGCCGCUGGGCGCUCACAGCUGCCCACUGCUUCCAACAGUCUGAUGACCCAUACGAGUGGACAGUCCAGUUUGGAGAGCUGACCUCAAUGCCAUCUGUCUGGAACCUGCAGGCCUACUACAACCGUUACCAAGUGUAUGACAUCUUUCUGAGCCCCAAGUACCUAGGGACAUAUCCCUAUGACAUCGCCCUGCUGAAGCUGUCCGCGCCUGUCACCUACUCUAACGUCAUCCAGCCCAUCUGCCUCCUGAACUCCACGUUCAAGUUUGAGAACCGCACUGACUGCUGGGUGACUGGCUGGGGUGACGUCCAGGAAGAUGUGGAACUGUCGGCUCCCUACAAUCUCCAGGAAGUGCAGGUAGCCAUUAUCAACAACUCCAUGUGCAAUCACCUGUACCAAAGGUCUGCCUUCCGCAGCAACAUCUGGGGAGACAUGGUUUGUGCCGGCGAUCCUGCUGGUGGCAAGGACGCCUGCUUCGGUGACUCAGGAGGACCCCUGGUCUGCGACGUGAAUGAGGUGUGGUAUCAGAUUGGAGUUGUGAGCUGGGGAGUGGGCUGUGGUCGACCCAAUCGGCCUGGUGUCUACACCAACAUCAGUCAGCACUACGACUGGAUUCGGGCAACAAUGAUCCAAAAUGGGGGGCCUGAGCUGGCCCCAGCGCUGCCCUUCCUCACUCUGUCCUGGGCCUUCCUGCUCCCGAGCCCCGCCUGA